AUGGUCGGUGAGGUGUGCUCCUCCGCCUCCCUGGGCGCCCUGGGCGUCGUGAAUAAGUACCAGAUCCCGUUGGUGUCGCCCGCGUCCACCGCACCCGCCCUCUCCAUCAAGGGGGACUACUUUUUCAGGCGAGCUCCUUGCAUGAGGCGGCGGCUGUGGGGCCCGCCGAGGAUCUUCGUGGGCCAGACUGUCCCGUCUGAUAAGUACCAGGGCCAGUUUGCAGCGCGCAGGAUGAUCGCGCUGGGUGCAAAGACCGUUGUCAUCGCAUCAAGCAGCGACUCCUAUGGCCAGGAGCUGGCCUACAACUUUAUCGCGGCCUUCACCCGCGACGGCGGGAAGGCCUUCAACGUGGAGGUGCCCGCGCAGGCCCCGAACAAGAACGCGUCAGACAUAGUGGACGCGGUCAGGGCGCGCUCGGCCAACGGCGUUUUCAUUGCCACCAAUGACCUCGCGUGGGGCGCGGACAUUAUCAAGGCCCUGCGCACCGCGCAGCCGCCGCUGAGCGCCGUCACGAUUUUUGGCGGGGACUCCCUCAUGGACGCGACGGUGCCCCUCAGGAUCGGCGCGGCCCUCGCAAAGGGCGUCCGCGGCAGCGACGUCACCUUCGGGUCGCCCGCGUUUGUCGCCGCCUUCAAGACCUACACGGCCGGGAAGAACAUAUCGUACGUGCCCAAGGCGUCCCACGCGUACGAUGCGGCGGAGGCGCUGAUCGAGGCGUACCGCCGGGCGGAGGCGCCCAAGGACGGCAAGGCCAUCCUGGCGCAGCUCGCAGACGUCCGCUUCAAGGGCGUGUCUGGCCCGAUUGCCUUCAACGAAUUCGGGGACCUCAAAUAUGACCCCAAGGGGCCCAGGCUAUAUACCGUAACUGAGUUUGGUGCGGACGGCAGCAUUGCCGUCGUCAGGGGCGAGUGA